AUGAGCGGACGGCAAAGAACACUUUUCCAGACGUGGGGCUCAAGCGUCUCCCGAUCCUCUGGAACUUCUGGUUGCAGCUCAGGAACUGAGCGACCUCAGAGACCUGGAGGCUCCAAGGCGCGUUUGCCAGCAACGGCGGAGGCUCAGCCGGAGUCGGACGAUGAUGUGUUACUGGUCGCGGUGUACGAGGCUGAGAGGCAGCUAAGUCUAGAGAAUGGCGGGUUCUGCACCUCAGCUGGAGCCCUGUGGAUUUACCCUACCAAUUGCCCAGUGCGGGACUACCAGCUGCACAUUUCCCGGACCGCUCUGUUCUGCAACACGCUGGUGUGUCUGCCUACGGGGCUGGGAAAGACCUUUAUUGCUGCCGUGGUCAUGUACAAUUUCUACCGCUGGUUUCCUUCAGGCAAGGUGGUCUUUAUGGCUCCCACGAAACCCUUGGUGACACAGCAGAUCGAAGCUUGCUACCAGGUGAUGGGUAUCCCACAGUUCCACAUGGCCGAAAUGACAGUCAGCUUAAAUGUUAUCCCUUCAGAAAGGUCCACUCUAAGCUUUAAAAUUUUGGAAGCAUUUGCUAGUUCUUUGAUUCAGAGGAAUGUUUUGAGAAGGGAUAUCUCCAAUCUAACGAAAUACCAGGUAAUUCUGGCAAGAGAUCAAUUUAGGAAAAACCCACCUCCAAAUAUUGUGGGAAAGCAACAAGGCAUAAUCGAGGGAGAGUUUGCUAUUUGUAUUAGUUUAUAUCAUGGUUAUGAAUUAUUGCAGCAAAUGGGAAUGAGAUCAUUAUAUUUCUUCCUUUGUGGAAUUAUGGAUGGAACCAAAGGAAUGACACGGUCAAAAAAUGAACUUAGCCGAAAUGAGGACUUCAUGAAACUCUAUAAUCAUCUAGAGUGUAUGUUUGCAGGUACACGUAGUACUUCAGCAUGUGGUAGAUCUACUAUCCAAAAAGGAGAUAAAGAUAAAACUUUUAUUUAUAGUCAUCCAAAGUUAAAGAAAUUAGAAGAAGUUGUAGUCGAACACUUCAGAUCAUGGAAUGCUAAAAACUCCUCUGAAAAGAAAUGCGAUGAGACCAGAGUUAUGAUCUUCUCUUCGUUUCGAGAUAGUGUUCAAGAAAUUGCACAAAUGCUUUUACAACAUCAGCCAGUUAUUAGAGUAAUGACUUUUGUUGGCCAUGCCUCAGGAAAAAGCACGAAAGGUUUUACCCAGAAGGAGCAACUGGAGGUAGUGAAACAAUUUCGUGAUGGUGGUUACAACACAUUGGUUUCUACCUGUGUUGGUGAAGAAGGUUUGGAUAUAGGGGAAGUUGAUCUUAUAAUAUGUUUUGAUGCUCAGAAGAGUCCAAUUCGUCUCAUACAACGAAUGGGCAGAACUGGCCGCAAACGUCAAGGCAGGAUUGUUGUUAUCCUUGCUGAAGGACGAGAAGAACGUAUUUAUAAUCAAAGUCAGUCCAACAAAAGAAACAUUUAUAAAGCUAUUUCAGGUAACAGGCAGGUCAUUCAUUUUUAUCAAAGAAGUCCACGAAUGGUUCCUGAUGGAAUCAAUCCAGAAUUACACAAAAUGUUCAUCACACAUGGUGUCUAUGAACCAGAGAAGGCUUCUCGGAACUUGCAGCGAAAGUCAUCUAUGAUUUCCUGUAGGAAUGGAAUGAAGCAAAGUAACUCAAAGAAAGAUUGGUUCUUAUCAGAAGAGGAAUUUAAAUUAUGGAACAGGCUUUAUAGAUUAAGAGACAAUGAUGAAAUUAAGGAGAUAACAUUGCCUCAAGUUCAGUUUCCAUCUUUACAAAAAGAGGAAAAUAGACAAACUCAAGAACCAACCAUUGGAAUUCAUCAACUUUCUCUCUCUGAAUGGAGAGUGUGGCAAGAUCAUCCUUUUCCUACGCAUCAAGUGGACCAUUCAGAUCGAUGCCGCCAUUUUAUAAGCCUUAUGCAAAUGAUAGAGGAAAUGAGACAUGAAGAGGGAGAAUGCAGCUAUGAAUUGGAAAUUAAAUCUUAUUUACAAAUGGAAGAUGUUAGAUCAACAUUUAGUGCUCCCAGGAACGAAUGUAAUGAUUUUGCCAACAGCACCUUUAUUACUCACAACAAAUCUUCAUUUACAAGGAAUAUAAAUCAAGGCAAUUCAUUUUCAGUGAUGGAAUCUGAUGAACAAUGUGCUGAAAUUUUUAAACAAACUCACAUCAAACCUACUAAAAUUGUUUCUCUAAAGAAAAAGUCUCCUAAAGAAAUGAAAAGAGAUCAGCUUAAAAAAGAAAAUAAUAAUGGUGUUAUAGAAUCUUUAGACACUGACAGAAGUUCUACUGUUGAAAAUAUUUUUCAGGUAGACCUACCAAAUGAUAAAAUGACAUUAGAUACAGAUGGAGUUGCUUCCACAUGUACUAUUACUGAAAAUGUUGUUAAUCAGCCAUGUAUAUCAACGGUAUGUCAGUUUACAAAUAAAUCUAUUAGUUCACUGGAUGGAAAUUUUUUAGAUUCUGGUUAUAACAGUUUCAGUGGUGAAAAAUCUGUUUCAUCUAACUUGCUUCUUCCAUUUGAAGAAGAGCUUUAUAUUACUAGAAUAGAUGAUCAGUUUUAUAAUUGUCACUCACUGACAAAAGAGGUACUAGCUAAUGUAGAGAGAUUUUUAUCUCAUUCUCCUCCACCUCUCACUGGACUCUCAGAUUUAGAAUAUGAAAUUGCUAAGGGUUUUGCACUUGAGAAUUUGCUUUUAUUACCCUAUGCAGAGCAUUUGCAAAAUGAUAAAUCCACCUAUUUGAUGUCACAAUUAGCUGUGAAUUCUCAACAGAAUUUAGAAUUGAAUUCACUUAAACUUACUAAUCAUCCUUCUGAAAAAAGUUACCUUUAUGAUACAACUAAUGAUAAGAUUUCUGAUGCACCAAGCUUCUGUGAUUGUGAUGAUAAAGUACAUAAAGAUAUCCAAAAGGAAAAUUUAGUACCUAACAAUCAUGUUCAAAUACACAAAGGUCCUGCCAACAAUUUAGUUGAAGAAAACAGUAAUGAUGUCGGUAACAAUGACCUCCCAGUGUUGUUCGCUGAUCAGGAUGAGAGUUUACCAUUAUUUGAAGAUGUUAAUACAGAAUUUAAUGAUGUGAGCCAUUCUCCCUUGAACAGUAAAGGCAAAUCUUUAUGUGUGUCAGACAAAACUAUGAUAAGUGAAACAGCUCUAGUCUCUCAGUUCUUAAUUUCUGAUGAACUUUUGUUGGACAGUAAUUCUGAAUCCCAAGAUCAAAUCAUCUGUGGUACUAAUCUUUGGAAAUCUUAUGAAGAUUUGAGAGGUAUACGUGAGGAAAAAAUGAAGAGUAAUGAAUAUGUUUCUGAUUGCUCUAGGGAUUUAUUUUCUGUUACUUUUGAUUUAGGAUUUCAUAGUCCAGAUUCUGAUGAUGAAAUAUUAGAGCAUGCAUCAGAUACAAAUAACAAUAGACUUCUAGAUGAUCUAUCUGAAAGGUGUUUGGAUAUUAAGAAGAUAAGCAAUGCAAAUUAUGUUUCAAAUCAAGCAGUAAUAGGAAGAGAUCAUGGUGAAAAUCUUACAAGUGGAACCAUUACUAUCCCAUCAAAUGAAGAUAUGCAGAGUCCAAAUUUUGGGUGUUUUCCACCAAGUGAAGAAAAAAAUAAAGAAUUUAUGUCUCCUGGUUAUUCUCAGUUUUCUUCGCCAGUAGGAAAAAAAAUUAUGAGUACACCACUUUCUGAAUCAAAGACACUGAACUCAUUUUCUAAGAUGAGGAAGGAAAUGCCUAAGAUGCCAGAUUCUAGUAAGGAAAAAGUAAAUCUACAAAGUUUCAAAGAAACAUUGAAUUCAACUUUUGAUUGUUCAGGAUUUUCUCUAGAGAAAGCUAAAAGCAAUGAUCAAAUAUAUCUACAUCAGCCCUAUCAUUCUGCUAAAGAUGAACAAUUACUAACAAGUAAUGAAAGUGAAGAUGAUGAGAUUUUCCAAAGAAAAAGUAAAAAAGCAAAAGAAAAUGUUUUCAAAUCCUCUGAGGAUCAGAAAAAUAGUGAAGUUGAUUCUCCGCUUCAUGCUGUCAAAAAGCGCAGGGUUCCUGUAAACAGAUUAGAAUUAUCAUCUAGUGAUGAGAGUGAGAAUUUUUGCAAACCAUAUCCACAAUUAGAAGACUUCAGGGGUUGUAAGAGGAGUGCCAGAAGGGGCAUCAAAAUCCAAAAGAGACAGAGUCACCUAAAGCAUGUAGCUAGGAGAUUUUUAGAUGAUGAAGCAGAACUUUCUGAAGAAGAUACAGAAUGUAUUUCAUCAGAUGAAAAUGAUGAGUCAGAAAAUGAACAAGAUUCCUCAUUACUUGAUUUCUUAAAUGAUGAGACUCAACUUUCACAGGCUAUAAAUGAUUCUGAAAUGAGAGCUAUUUAUAUGAAAUCUGUGCGUAGUCCAUUGAUGAGCACUAAGUACAAAAUAAUCCAUAAGAAACGUAGCAACAUAAACAUUUUCUCACAGAUUCCUGAGCAAGAUGAGACCUAUUUAGAAGAUAGUUUUUGUGUUGAUGAAGGAGAGUCUUGCAAAAGCCAAUCAAGUGAAGAAGAAGUUUGUGUUGAUUUUAACUUAAUAAAUGAAGAUUGCUUUGCAAAUGGGAGUAAAAAAUAUAAAACCCGACGUGCAGUACUGCUAAAACAAAUGGUGAAACAAAAUUGUGCACGAUCAAAAAAGAAAUUUUCCAGAAUUAUUUUACCAGAUGAUUCAAGUGAGGAGGAAAACAAUGUAAACGGUGAAAGAGAAUCCAAUAUUGCGGUUAACCCAAGCACCAUUAACAAGAACAGACAACAGGACCAUUGUUUGAAUUUAGUACCUUCUGGGUCUUCAUUGCAAUCCGGAGUCCAUUCUAAUCCGAUAGCUAAUCAAUCAACAAAGCAGAGACAACAGACACCACUUAAUUUAAAGGAUAUAAUUUCUGAAGUCUCAGACUUCAAACCUCAGAGCCAUAAUAAAAUUGAAUCCACCUCACCACCAUUCACUUCUGUUGAUUCACAGAAAGACUAUAGAAAAUUUCCAAUUCCGUUGAAGGUUGGUGUUCUGGAGGAUUCUAGCACUUCAGGAGCAUACUGUUCCAGUUCAAGCCCAUAUUUGUCUGGGACAUAUACUUCUCUUAGACUUCCACAGAAAGGAAAAAGAACCUGUAUUCUUGUAGAUAGUCAUGAAAUCACUUCUGGUUUAGAAGUAAUUUCUUCCCUAAGAGCAAUUCAUGGAUUAGAAGUAGAGGUUUGUCCUCUUAAUGGCUGUGAUUACAUUGUGAGUAACCGCAUGGUGGUGGAAAGGAGGUCUCAAUCUGAGAUGUUAAAUAGUGUUAGUAAGAACAAGCUCAUUGAACAGAUCCAGCACCUGCGGAGCAUGUUUGAAAGAAUAUGUGUGAUUGUGGAAAAGGACAGAGAAAAAACAGGAGAGACAUCAAGGAUAUUUAGGAGAACAAAGAGCUAUGACAGCCUGCUGACUACCUUAAUUGGUGCCGGAAUCCGAAUUCUUUUCAGUUCCUGCCAAGAAGAAACUGCAUAUUUGCUAAAGGAAUUGUCUUUAGUGGAACAAAGAAAGAAUGUUGGUAUUCAUGUUCCAACAGUGGUGAAUAGUAGUAAAUGUGAGGCACUUUUGUUUUAUUUAAGUAUUCCAAAUAUAAGUUAUGUAACGGCAUUAAAUAUGUGUCACCAAUUUUCAUCUGUGAAAAAGAUGGCUAACAGCUCACCUCAAGAAAUCUCCAUGUAUGCACAAGUAACUCAUCAAAAGGCUGAGGAGAUCUAUAGAUAUAUUCACUAUGUAUUUGACAUACAAAUGUUAUCAAAUGAUAUUAACCAAAGUAGACUGAAGUCUGAUGCGUGA